AUGAUAACUAAAAGAGGAACCAUAUCGAAGACAAAGAGGAGGUACUACAUAUUCAAUUACAACUGUGGGAACACCAAAAUUCAGUCCAUCACGGGCUACAUCCGCUGCUUCAAGAACUACUGUCUGUACAGGGAGAACAGAAGUAACUCUGCCACUGCUAGCGGCACGAACAGCAGCCUCCGCAGCAGUCUCCGCGGUAGCCUCCACGACACUCAACAUGGCAGCCCGCACAAUAGUGUUAAUGGUAGCCACGAUAGUUCCAAUUUGAGGAGGAAGCUAAGCGAGGGACGUUACACCCCAGGCCAAAUGGCUAUAUCCGUUCUUCUUUGCGUCAACGUAUCCAACUGUUUAUCCCCCUCGGAGUUCCUUGAGCUCCUACACCCCUUUGACAAUUUCAUAUUUUUUUUAAAAGUUUUAAACAAAAAAAACAAUGAAGAGUACAUGAUAUACUUCCUAACGUUCAAUGUGUAUGCAAGGAAAAUCAUGAAAAAGGUCAAGAGGAUUAGUUUUUUUAACAUGAAAAAAAAGAAAAGAUUAAAAGUUUACAUCGUGAAGGACAUCACCAUGAACGCCACUUCGAGGAUAAAGAAGAACACGCAACGGAUGGUACGAGUGAAGACGUUUUACGAGGAGGGGGGAGAGUGGGAUUCAAAUGAGAAGGCAAGCGGGAGGCCUAACCAGAAGGAGAAUCGGAACGGUGAGCAUACCUUCCCGCGCACACAUGAGAACAUCGAGCCGUCGCGCAGAAGCAGAUUUAUCAACCCCCUCUAUCUCAUUUCCCAAAACAAAUUACAGCUCUCCUGUGCAGUUUGCCUGGAGCCGUUGUACUCAGACAGCCUCAGUAAGGUAAUAUCGCACAUUUUUAAUUUAAACUUUGCAACGCAGAAAAGAGGGGAACCCAAGGCAAGGGACCGGUCGCCAUCGAACCAGGACAGUGGCAGCGGCGAUGGCAGUGGCGUUGGUAGUGGCCUUGGCAGUGAAGUUGGCAGUCGCGUCGGAUUCGCUGUUGUGGUUCCCGCCGCCAACACCGGUGCUACCAUUUUUGGCGAAACGUAUUACGGUCAGAAUGAGCCGUGCGAAAAAAGAAGUAGGAGCAAUAGCAGCAGAAGCUCACGCACCUACCACAGGUGCCAAAGCAGCAGGCGCAGCAAUACGCGAAGGAACGGGCGUCCGUAUGAAACAGAAGCGUUGGGGAAGCAAACGAAGAAGCACCAGUAUUAUUGCGUUAAGACGUUGAGUAGCUACACCACUAAUGACCGGAGGAGCUACUAUUUAUCCGUUAUCUCCUUUAUCCAUAAUAUACAAAAGAAGUACAACAAUCAGAUGAAGAAAAAAAAAAAAAGUGAGAGGAAAACAAUUUUUAAUAACGUCUGCAUUAACAUUCUAUGCGGUCACAUAUUCCAUUCGAGCUGUCUUAAAAAAUGUUGUUUCACAUCUUGUCCAAUCUGCCGAUAUAAACAGUACAAUUAUCAGAUAGCGAAUUGCGAUGUAUGUGAGAGAAACCAAAAUGCAAAAAUUUGUUUAUUUUGUGGUUUCAUUGGAUGUUCUAUAAAUUAUGAUCGCUUGAACAAACUGAAGGAACUAAAGAUAAAGGAAAAAAGAAAUCUCGUCAGAAGAAAAAAAAAAUUGAUUGCUUACAUUAAGUACAUCUUUUUACGAAUUGUAAAUUUUUUUAUAAACCAGGGAAACUACAUUGUUGUGCCUCCGGUUGUAGCUACAAGUCUAGAUCGUCAGUGGGAUUGUGGCCAGCCCAUCGAUGUGGGAAGAAAAAGAACUACCAUUAGUGAACCUAUAUGUAAUGCCACUUUUGAAGGGGAGAAAAAUGGGAAAAAGUGCACCCAAGGAGUGGGAAGUACCCAUCUGGAUUUGAAUGCAAAAUGUGCAAGUGUCAACAGGGAGGGAGUAUCCAAUCAUUUGACAGUGCCCAUCCAGGGAGUCCCAAGUGAAGCAGAAAAUGCAAACAAAAUUAAUGACCCUCUCCCUAUCUCAACAAAAAAUGAUGGAGUCCGCCCCCAUUUGCAAAUGCGUAGUGUAAACGGUAAGGAUGCUAAUUCGGAGGUACACAUAUGUGCCGAAAAAAGAAUUGUCGUCGAAAGGUUGGAGUUCUCUACAGAGAACACUACAUGUGGGUGGAAUAGGGGGAACUUGGCGAGGCAUGUCUCGCUCAGUUUCCUUCUCAGAUUCAGAAAACUGAUGAGGAUGGACAAUAAGAAGGAAAAAGGUACCAAACGCCGGUGGAGGCAUAGAGAAGGUGAAAACAGAAUGGAUGCAGCGAAAACCAACCAGGUAAACGCUAGGCAUGAAAAGAAGGUCCAUAAGGGGAGCUCAAGUGGAGUGAGAAGUAGGCAGCAUGGGCAUCGAUCACCGCGUGAAGAAAGCGACCGAGCCGAGCGCGAAGGGGGCUCCUUCAACAAGUACGACUUCCUCAGGAGAGACAUGAACACCCGCAAGCAUUCCAUUGAGAAAAGAAAAAAGAAAAAACUCAUCGACCACGCAAAGGAGCAUUUUUGCGGAACGAUGCACAACUACUUCUUCGACAUUUCCAAAAAUUCAGUGUUCGAUUACAGCAGCAACUUGUACAUAAAAAAAUUAAUAAAUUUAAAAAGUGGAAAAAAAAAUUUGAAAAAAAUCGACUCAGCAAAUAUAAACGUCAAUGGAAAAGAAGAAAUCAUAGACAAGAAAAACAUCAUCAUGUACAUUUACGAAUUCAAUCAACUGUUAAGUGCUUUGUUGGAAAGUCAGAGAGACCAUUUCAUGUCCUGUAUUUAUGACUUGAAAUUAAAUUAUGAAAAUGUGAACAAGGACAACUCAAGGGAAGCGAGCAAAUGUUUGAAUGAGUUAAAAAUGGCACAAGAAAGAAACAAACAGUUGAAAGCCCAAGUUAAAAAAAAAAUUAGCAUUCUUCAUGAGAAGGCCAAAACAAAUGCUGAACUGCUACAGCAGCUCAGGAAUGUCGAAAUUAUAAAUGCAAAACUGUGUGAGGAUCAAAAGAAAGAAAUUCAUAACCAGGAGGCUAUGGCAGAGGAGAAGAAAAAAAUAAUACGGGAGAAGCAGCAAAUUAUACGCGAGCUAAACCAGCAGAUCACCGAUUUAUCCUUCCACAAACAGGUAGUGGCGAAAUUCUCUCAAAAUUCUGGAAUGACGAAUUCGUCCUUCAUUAUAGGGGAGAAAAUGACUCCGAAGAGCAGAUUCAAGAAGCGGUAA